AUGGCCACGUUCAGAAUAACGUUCAUGCCUCCCUCCGAACGCACCAGAAUCCGCGCCUUUCCUGUUUCUGUGUUCUUGAGCACCUUCAGCUCGCCCAGCCCAAUCGACUUCUUCACGACUGCAAAGUCGCCCUUGACGUCGUCGUUCUGCUCGACUUCCUCGUCUGGCUUGUCCGUGUCUGCGGGCUUGGACUCCUCGGUUUUGGGAGCAGAGAAGUUGAAGUUGAACGUCGAGGUGGCAGGAGCAGCAGCAGCAGCAGCAGGGGUGGACCCGAAACUAAACGGAUUGGCGGCCUCCGCUGGCUUAGGUGCACUGGCUCCGAAAUUAAACCCGUUGGAUGGGGCCGAGAACGAAAACACAGGCUUGGCCGGCUGCGACUCGUCCUUAGCCUCAGGCUUGGUCUCUGACGGCUUGGAGAACGAAAAUGCAGAUGACGAGCCAAACGAGAACGCUGGGGUCGGAGCGGAUGCUGUUUCGGAGCUGGGCUCGGGCUCAGAGGCCUUUGGCUCCUCUUUGGCCGGAGCGUUGAAUGAGAAUGCUGGCUUGGCGAACGCAGAUUCGGCUGGCUUGCCAAACGAAAAAGCCGGGACAGCGGCCUCUGCGGGCUUGGACUGGCCAAAGGUGAAUGCUGGUUUCUCGGCUGGCUGCUCUGCUGGCUGUUCUGUUGGCUUUGCUGCUGGUUCGUCCUUCUUUGGGAACUUGAACACAUCGUCCUUUAUCUGA